GGGUUCCUCGGUGGGGGGCAACAGCGGGGACUCUCCGGCAAUUGUCCCCGACCCUCCGUCCUGGGGAGGGCAGGAUCAGCGCGCGGGCUGCUUUGCAUCUCUUUGCAUUUUAGUGGUGUUUGGUCCAGUCCUGGCCCGGGCAGAUCUGGGGUUCGGGCGGGUGCCGGUGGGGUAGGGCUGGGGGUGGGAGCGGCGCUUCCUGCUGCGGGUGAGCCUUUUGCCUCGGAACUGGACCCGGGAGACAUCACAGCGCUGGGCUAGGGGCGCGGCUUGAACUCGCCUAAAGAGCUGCGCCCUCUCAUCUCGCGCCUGCAGCCCGUGCCGCCCCAGCCGCUGCCGCCUGCACCGGACCCGGAGCCGCCAUGCCCAAGUGUCCCAAGUGCAACAAGGAGGUGUACUUCGCCGAGAGGGUGACCUCUCUGGGCAAGGACUGGCAUCGGCCCUGCCUGAAGUGCGAGAAAUGUGGGAAGACGCUGACCUCUGGGGGCCACGCUGAGCACGAAGGCAAACCCUACUGCAACCACCCCUGCUACGCAGCCAUGUUUGGGCCUAAAGGCUUUGGGCGGGGUGGAGCCGAGAGCCACACUUUCAAGUAAACCAGGUGGUGGAGACCCCAUCCUUGGCUGCUUGCAGGGCCACUGUCCAGGCAAAUGCCAGGCCUUGCCCCCAGAUGCCCAGGGCUCCCUUGUUGCCCCUAAUGCUCUCAGUAAACCUGAACACUUGGAAAACC